UAUAAAAAUAUCGUAACGCGAGAUGCUGGGCCGAGGGGGGUGUGCCGCUUGUCUGCCAAGCUAUACGAAGUGGUCCGGCCUUAUUCUUUUGGAAGCUUUUAUUUUUCUGGCAAUGUCAGGUGUGGACGUUGGCGGAGGUGCAAAACUGACCUCCGUUGAUUUUGAAAUAUUUGGGAAUGUACAGGGGGUCUGCUUCAGAAUGUACACUGAAGACCAGGGGAAGAAGCUGGGUGUGAAUGGCUGGGUGAAGAACACCAGGCAGGGUACCGUGGUGGGACAGGUACAAGGCCCCUCUGACAAAGUCAGAGAAAUGAAGGCGUGGCUGAGCAAAGUGGGGAGCCCCAGCUCCCGCAUCGACCGAGCCGUCUUCUCCAACGAGAGGGACAUCCCCAAGCUGGAGAUGAGGGGGUUUGGCACACGCUACUGAGUACCCCGAAACCUCUCCUCGUUCACAGUUACUGCAGGACCUCUGCUCUGCAGAGAUAGGAGAUUCAAGGUACCUUCACACCUAGAACCGUAAUUAUAAUUAAAACUAUAACAAUACAGGCAAUAGAUUUGUCUCAAGCAAACAGAACCCAUGUGUUCACAAUACAAUGAUAGUGAAAAAUGUAGCUAAAAUUUUGUAACUAUAAAUUUGGAUUGCCCCCAGAUCAUUUUUUUUUCAUGCAGGUACAACGUUAAAAUACCUUCAGUCCAUCAAAAGUGAGUUCUAAUGUGAAAAAUCCUGGCGCCGAAUCUUUAACUGACACACCUGUUCAUUCCACAAUAGAUAUCCCACCAUUCCGCAUAUAUUACUGAACAACAGUAUGGCAUCCGGUUUGAAUGAGAAUUUGAAAGUUGCCUUGUUCAAAAAGGAUAAUCCGGAUUAUGAAACUGCCACAAAAAAGGCUGACAUUUGAGCAGGUGUUGGGAGAUACCUCAAUAUAAGAUACCUUUAAUGUACCCAAAUGUGCCGACUGUGCCUGUUCUUUAUUUUAGAGAGUGAGUAAAGUAGUAUGAGAUUGGUGAAAUAGCCGUCCUCCACCUUACAAAACGAUCCAAAACCUCCACCUUCACAGAACGAUACAGUGGAACAUUGUAGAAUGAUAUCUUCACAGUGUGUAUGCUUGUGAAACUUUGUGUCCUUAUAGUUGUCAUUAUUGUUUGUAAUUGUAGCGUUUGGUGUGAAGGUACCUUGACCCAGAACAGUCAGAGAUGAGAACAGCAUUAGGCAUGCUCUUUAAACUUAGAGACUGCUCUUUGAGUUAUCACAGGUACUGCUUGGGCAUGUAUUCAUUUAAUACAAAUGAAACUAAACCAAAUUCUGCAUGUAAAUUAGGCUCCUAAAACCAGCAAUUGGAAUUCUAUGGUUAUACAGAUUAUCAGAAACUUGCAAACAACCCUUACAAAAAAAUAAAAUAAAAGAAUAUAUGUCUGAAUGUUUUGUGGUUCUGUCUGAAAAUAUAAAUCACAAUACCUGACACAUAAUAUGUAGCAUAUAAUCAAGAUGUAAUUAUUAAAAUAUAUCAGGCCUAUAUUGACAGUUUUACUUAAUAAAUUGCUGAAAUAUUGUAUAUUUGAACAUGCAUUAAGUUAUUCAUACUUUGCGGUGGAAAAUGUUGUUGAUGAAUGUUGUUCUUAUAAGUUGUUGGUUUACUGUGUUGGCAGCGUUGUUUGUUAGUAAACAGUCAUGCCAUAACGCUUUCAUUAAAAAAAAUAAAUGAGAAUUAAGGUCAA